AUGUCCUCCAGGAGGCGUCUGAGGAUAAUUUGUUCAUCUGACGAAGAAGACGACGACGAAGAAAUACAAGAAGUACAACCUCCUCCUCAACAACACGAUGAUAUCGAAUGCGAAACCCUCAAUCUUCAAGAUGUAACCCUAAGUUCCAUCAACUCUAACCCUACCAAUCCCUCUACUUCCAUCCAAGUCGAAAUAUCCGAUGAGGACUUCAUCGAUGCAGCCGAGGAUCUCUCCCCUUCUCCUCAGUCUUCGCCUCCGCCUCCGCCUCCGCCCCCGCCCCCGCCCCGGCCCCCACCCUCAAACCAGGCGGGUUAUUCUUCGGAAUAUUCCAGAACUAGCAGUGCUGGUACGAGUGAAGCUUCUGGUUGUCCAAUCAGUAAAAUUCUAGAAGAUUUAGGGCUGAGACUACGGCGUGAAUGGUUGGAUGCUUGUCUUCGUGGUCUCCAGACAAGCGUCCCUGGAUUUUCCAGCUUUGAUGCAACAAAAAAGGCUAAGCUCUGCUUUGAGAAGUUUUUGCAUUCUGACAUGAACAUUUGCGGGGCAGGCUUUCUUCCAGAUAACGUGCAUCAAAUGCACCUUGUUGAUCUUCCUGGACCCUUUGUGUUACAGGUUGAUGAGAUAGUAAAUAUCAGUCAACCUCUUCGAGAGCGAUACAAGAAGGCACCUUCUGGCUUAAAGAGGUGCCUUAAGUUGUCUAUGACUGAUGGUGUUCAACGAAUCUUUGGCAUGGAAUACCAGCCUAUUAAAGAUCUAGACGCCCUUUCACCUGCUGGAUUGAAGGUUGCUAUUUCUAAUGUAAAUGUAAGGCAUGGGCUACUAAUGCUGGUUCCAGAAGUGUUUCAAGUCUUAGGAGGACUAGUUGAGGAGCUGGAUGCAGCAAGGCAAAGACUUGUUAAUGAAGUCAACAAACCUCCAAGAGGCAAAAGAACAAGAACAGGAGUUGCAGCGUCUUUAGCAACUAGAGCUACUCGUGCUGCAUGGUCAACUAACAAUGUCGAUUCUUCAGCACCUUCAGCUAACACUGUACCCCAAAGUGCAACUCCAAUACAUGUAAAUAACCAAGGUACUACUACACCUUCUGUUAAUGGAAGAGUGGGAUCAAAUUCUUCAGUUCCUGUUCACAGGGAACACGUUUCAGUAUCCUCUAAUAAUCAAAAUGCAACUCCAAUGCAGGUAGAUGAUCAAGGUACUACUACUAGACCUUCUGUUAAUGGAAAUAUGUCAUCAAGUUCUUCAGUUCAUAGGGAAUUUGUUUUUAGAGCAUCAAAUAAUCAUACCUCUCAAAAUGAUGCAACAACUCCAAUACAGGUGGACAACCAAGGUACGACUACCAGAGCUCCUUUUAAUGGAGGAGUUUCAUCAAAUUCUUCAAUUCCUGUUCCCCUUGAUAGGGAAUAUGUUUCAGGAUCAUCAAAUACCAAUGUCUCUCCAAUACAAGUGGAUGAUGAAGAAGGUACUACUCCACCUUCUUCUGAACAUGUUGACUUUUCAAAUGAGAGAGAAGCUCAAGAGAUAGAGAGAGAAACUCAUUCUCCUACAUAUGCCUGUGGUAUAAACACUGAAAACCCUUUCACAUACAUGGCCACUUUAUCACGUAAAUGGGAUGAAUCAAAACAUAACGCCUCUCAUGUCCAGGGUAAAAUCAAGUGUUUUUUGACUGGAGUGAAAGGAUUCCAGUUUAAAGAAAGCAGCACCUACAAACUUCAAGUAUACAUAGAUGAUGGUAGCCUCAUAUCCGAGAUCCUUAUUGACCACAACGUUGUACAAAAAAAGAUAGGUUAUUCCCCUGAAGAGGUGAAUGCCGCUUUGUCAUCUCGAGACUCUUCAAGGGUUCAUGACAUGAAGAACAAAAUGAAACAGUUUCAAGUUUUUUUAGUCAACUUCGAGGGGACAAUGGUUGUAAGGAUAAAUGAAGCAUGUGGUCUUCCGGUUGCUAUAGAAAUGCAACAGGGUUGUUGUUUAUCUGAUGCAUGGUCGCUUCUUACAAGACUAAAAUCAAAUAGUAAUACUCAUCAAAAUCAUCUACGUUUUGACCCAAUUCAUCUUUCCCCAUAAACAAUAUAUGUUUGCAUCCAUCUAAUUCUAAUGUCUCAAGAAUUAAUAUGUUGAUGAUUUUCUUUUGCCUCAUGUUUUUACCUUCACUAAUAAGGUGGCACUUUUGCGUUUCAUAUUUGUUUUUGUAAUAGAUGCGUAUAUAUAAAUGAAUUCUAGAUUUUUAUGGGAUGGAAAAGAAAAGAUAGAAAAGGUUAUUGUCAUUG